AUGAGCAGAGAUCCAGAGGGAAGCGAUGACCCGAGGCGUACGAAACCGAAAUUCAAAGGGACGGAUACUGCUCCAGAUAGUGAAACGGAAGAACUGAUUGCGAAUCUUGAAACCCAUAUCUCCAAUUUCAAAAAGGAAGUUUAUCACAGCACAGUGACAGAGAGUAAAUUGGUAACAUCUGAAGCGUCAUACAUUGUGAUGUCUGACGAGCUUGAAACUUCAGAGAAGAAGGUAGAUGUAAGAGGCAAAAAAACUGAAGUUCAUGAAACCAAGAAAGCAGUGAAGCCAAAAUAUGGUGAGGAACCUGCUAGUAAAGGAGUUAAAAAAAGGGAAGCACCAACUGAGGGACUAAAGUCUCCAAGAAGUAAACCAGAGAAGCAGAGUGAACCCACAGUCAGUGUUGAAAAGAAAGCUGAGAAACCUAGAAAAGAUAAGCCAAGUUUAAAAAAGGAGAAACCUGAUAAAGGUGAUGAUAAGAAAGUGGCUAGUGAAGUAAGGCCUGAUGAAGAGUUAGAACCAAGGAAGAGGAGUCCAGUCAAGUCGGCCGAAGCUCCUGAACCGAGGAAGAAGAGUUCAGUCAAAUCAGCCGAAGCUCCUUCGAAGGAACCAGAGGAUUCUCCUGAGGAGACAAAGCCUAGGAGAGAGUGUCCAGGAAGGGCAAAGUAUAAGGAGCUCGAAGAAUUUGGUAAAAAGAUGAAGGAUCAUGCCAGGACUGAGGAAGAAAAAUACACUGUGUCAGAAACCUUGAAUAAGUCAUACUUGAGCCAAGCUACCAAGGUCUCAUCAGUCAGCACUGUCAGAGCAAAAUUAGAAGAAAAGGCAACAGUCAGCCGUCAGACAGAUGGAGCAAGAGUCUUAGUAGAUGCGAGAAAAAGUUUGACGAAACGCGACAAAGACGAUGCACCCAGAAAGAAAAUUCCCGAUGAUAUAUCAGAACCAGAACCAGAACUGAAGGAGGACAUUACUGCUGAAGAGCCUGAACCAAUUAAAAUUCCUUUGACCUCUGAUGGAAAUCUUACAGUAAGCAGCCCCGUAUAUGAGGCAACCGACAAUCGGAGUGGUGAACCAAAACCCAGUGAAGAGCCUAAGAGCAGAAGAAAAAGUGUUGACAGACCUAGCAGAGAGGAAGAACCAAGAAAGGAGAGGCCAGCUGAAACAAGGGAAGAACUAGAGCCUGAAACGAAGAGCCAAACCAAGCCUGUAGGGGAAUCAGAACCCGUAAAGGAAAGUCCUGCCGAGACUACUGGAGAGCCAGAACUGAGAACAAAGAGCUCAGAUAGCCUUGACAAAAUUCCAGAGCUGAGGGAGAAAAUCCUGCCCAGAGGAGAAGAUACGCCUGAGUCCAUAAAGAAGAGUCCAAAAAGACAGAGUGAAGAGGUGGAGCUUAGAAAACGAACCCCUCUAAAACCUGAAGAAGCAAAACCCACAAAGAAGCAUCCGGGUACAUCUGAUGAGAAACCAGUACUAAUGAAGAAAAGUCCAGGUAGGCCUCAAAGUGAGACUGAGACGAAAAAAGGGAGGAGUCCUCACGACAACAAAAUGCCUGAACCGAAGAAGGAAAGCCCAUCUAAGCCUAGUGGAGUGACGGAACCCAAGAAAAGGACCCCACAUGGUGAAAAGUUUGAACCAAAAAAGAAGAAACCUGUUGAAGGAAAAGUUCAGAGACCUCAAGAAUCUUUGGAUGGACUUGGUAAGGAUGACCAUCCCAAGAGCAAAAGUCCUGUAAAGAAACCUGCAGAAUUGACACCCAAAAAGACAGGUGUCAGAAAGCCGGAUGGCAAGGCAGAUUCAGUGAAGGAUUCAGACAAACCUGAUGACACCAAGAAGAAACCUGCUGACAGACUUGAUGAAACCCCAGAAAGAAGCCGGAGGAGAUUGUUCAGAAAUGACGAAGAUACAGAACCAGAGAUGCUACGUGAACGUCCAGAAUUGGGAAAGAGGGAACCAGUUGAAAAACCAAAAUCAGAAAAGAAAAGUCCUGUCAAGGAUAGGAAAGAGAUAGAACCUGAAGAUAGCUUACUUAAACCUCAUGAAAAGAAACCUUAUGAAAAGACUGAGCCAAAGAAGUCCUCGUUGAGGCCUGGUAAAGAUAAAGAGACAGAGAAGAGCUUAGCCAGACCUGAUGACGAACUGGAACAAACUACAAAGAGACCCUGUCCUGAUGAGGAGCAUGAACCUGUCACUGAUAUUACAUUUGUGGAUGAGAAAGACAGAAAGAGUAGUAUAACUAAGCUUGAUGAGUUAGAAUUAGUGAAAAAUAUCUGUGUUAAAGAGCCUGAAAAAACAGUCUUAAAAGAAAGUAUUACGUAUAAUGAGCCAAGGAAGAAGAGUCCAAUGAAGUCAGAUGAACCUUCUGACCCCACAAAGGAGAUUCCAGUCACUACUGUCAAGGAGCCUGAACCAUUGAAGCAUCCAGACAGGUCUGACAAAGAGCCUGAACCAUCUAAGAAGACUCCAGUUAGAUCUGGAGAAGAGCCUGAACCAAGAAAGAAAAGUCCAGUCAGGCCUGAACCAAGAGAGAAGAGUCCAGUUAGGUCUGGAGAAGAGCCUGAACCAAGAAAGAAAAGUUCAAUCAGGCCUGAACCAAGAGAGAAGAGUCCAGUUAGGUCUGGAGAAGAGCCUGAACCAAGAAAGAAAAGUCCAGUCAGGUCUGUUGAAACAUCUGAACCAUUAAAGAAGAGUCCAGUUAGGUCUGACAGAGAGCCUGAACCAUUAAAGAGUCCAGAAAGGUCUGACAGAGAGCCUGAACUAUUGAAGAAGAGUCCAGUUAAGCCUGGAGAAGAGUCUAAACCAAGACCGAGAAGUCCAGUCAGGCCUGACGAAGAGCCUGAAACAGUAAUGAAGAGACCAGUCAGGUCUGAAGAAGAACCUGAACCAAGAAAGAAAACUUCAAUGAAGACUGAUGAACCAUCUGAACCAAGAAAGAAGAGUCCAGUCAGACCUGACAAAGAGCCUGAACCAGUAAAGAAGAGACCAGUCAGGUCUGAAGAAGAGCCUGAACCAAGAAAGAAAACUUCAGUCAGGUCUGAUGAACCAUCUGAACCAAGAAAGAAGAGUCCAGUCAGGUCUGGAGAAGAACCUGAAACAAGAAAGAAGGUUCCAGUCAGGCUGAUGAACCAUUUGAACCAAGAAAGAAAAGUCCUGUUAGAUCAAAUGAAACUAAAGAACCAUCUGAACCAAGAAAGAAGAGUCCUGUCAGACCUGACAAAGAGCCUGAAUCAGUAAAGAAGAGACCAGUCAGGUCUAGAGAAGAGCCUGAACCAAGAAAGAAAACUUCAGUCAGGUCUGAUGAACCAUCUGAACCAAGAAAGAGGAGCCCUGUCAGGGCUGGAGAACAACCUGAACCAAGGAAGAAGAGUCCAAUC